CCCGGCCCCCGGCCCCCCGCGGGCCCCGUCCGCCAGCGGAGAAGUCAAGGCUGUUUUCGGGAGAGCUGGGUGGCCGAGGCCUGCUGCUCCGCCGACCGAGCCGGGGAAGGGCCUGGGCCUGAGAGCCGCCGGUCGGAAAUGCAGCAGGAGGGAGUCGGGUUAGCGACGACGAGGGAUUUCCCGGCCCAGGUGACAGUCCGGCCCAACUAGUGUCUCCUGCCGGAUGGGACUGGGCGUUGCCCUUUGUCUUCCAUGGAGAAAUCAGACGGAUGCAACGUGUGACAGAACUGUCCCGUUCCUAAAGAGGUUGCCCUCGGGGACCGGGUCCGGGCAUGGACGGGAGCGUGGAGCUGGAGGUGCUGAGGACCCCCCAGGGGCCCGGGGAGGUCAGCGUCCACCUGGUGGGCAGCGAUAACGCCGGGCCGACCCCCCACCUGCCGGCCACCGCCUUCAUCAUUCCAGCGAACCCGGCCGCCAUCGCCCUCCCCACCGGCCCCGUGGAGAUCCAGCGGUUUCCCCGCGAGCCCCCGAGGGGCCCGGGGCCGGAGAGGCCACAGCGGCUCCCUGGGAGCGAGCCCGUCACGGCCACCGUGAUCCCCCAGGUCGGAGGGGCGCAGGCCGGCAGCACGGUCCGUGUGCUCGACUGGAAGGACGGCCUGGCCACCCUGCCGGGAAGCAGCCUGCGGCUCCGGAUCAACGAGUUUGGGACCCUGAAGGUGGUCAGUGCGGACAGACUAGCAGGCCCAGAGCCCGUGACGGAGGCGUCUCCAGCCAAGGAGGGGGUCCCCGCCGAGCACGCUCCUGCCCCACCUCCCGGGAGAGAGGAGGAUGAAGAGGAGGAGGAGGAGGAGGAGGAGGAAGAGGAGGAAGGCACAUGCCGCUGCAACACCUGCGGAAGGCGGCAUGUGGCCAGGGGUGCCCGGGGCGGGCGAGGCUUUUGCAGUGAAAUCUGUCACCGGCAGUUCACAGAGAGGUCUGUCAUCGUGGAGAACUCCGCGGGCGGCACCGCCGCCGUCGAGAUCCUGAAACCGGUGAAGAAGAGGAAGAGGAAGGAGUGGCCCAGCCCAUCGGAGGGGGAGUCCGAGCUGGAGCAAACGGAGGAGAAGCAGGAAGAGAGGAAGGAUGCGGAGGGGGACCGCGCCACCAGCACACCUGAGAGUGAGGAGUGGAGUCCAAGACAGCCUGGUAAGGAAGGCCCGGGCGGGGAGCCGAAGGACGGCUGGUCGUGGACUGCUUACCUGGCGGAGCACAAGGCCAUCUCAGCACCCCCCAGCCUCUUCCAGGAACACCAGCGCGUGAGCUCGCAUAGGAAUGGCUUCCGGCCGGGGAUGAAGUUGGAAGGGAUCGACCCUCAGCAUCCGUCCAUGUAUUUCAUCCUCACUGUGGCCGAGGUCUGUGGCUAUCGCAUGCGCCUCCACUUCGACGGCUAUUCCGAGUGCCAUGACUUCUGGCUCAACGCCGACUCGCCCAACAUCCACCCGGCCGGCUGGUUCGAGCGUACCGGGCACAAGUUGCAGCCGCCGAAAGGCUAUAAGGAGGAUGAAUUCAGCUGGAGCAACUACCUGCGGGUCACCAAAGCCCAGGCUGCCCCCCAGCACCUGUUUGUGACCCCGAGAAGCGGGACGGCCCCGGCCGGCUUUCAGGUGGGCAUGAAGCUGGAGGCCGUGGACCGCAUGAACCCAUCCCUCAUCUGCGUGGCCACGGUGACGGACGUGGUGGACGCGCGCUUCCUGGUCCACUUUGACAACUGGGACGACACUUACGACUACUGGUGUGACCCCAGCAGCCCCUACAUCCACCCCGUCGGCUGGUGUCAGGAACAUGGGAAGCCUCUCACCCCUCCUCAAGACUACCCAGACCCCGACAGCUUCAGCUGGGAACGAUACCUGGGGGAGACCGGGGCCCCCGCCGUGCCAGCCUGGGCCUUCACGGAGAGGCCCCCGCACGGGUUCCUGGUGAACAUGAAGCUGGAGGCCGUGGACCGACGGAGCCCGUCCCUCAUCCGGGUGGCCAGCGUGGAGGAUGUGGAGGACCACCGGGUCAAGAUCCACUUCGACGGCUGGACGCACGCCUACGACUUCUGGAUCGACGCCGACCACCCCGACCUCCAUCCCGCGGGCUGGUGCUCCAGGACGGGCCACCCGCUGCAGCCCCCGCUGCGACCCAAAGAGCCAGGCUCCUCGUCCUCUCCCCCCGGGAGCUGCCCCGCUCUCAACUGUAAGAACCUCCCACCCGCCAAGGGGUCUAGAUACAAUUUUCACCACAGAAAGUGCCCUACGCCGGGCUGCGACGGCUCGGGACACGUGACGGGCAAGUUCACGGCUCACCACUGCCUCUCGGGCUGUCCCCUGGCCGAGAAGAACCAGGGCCGGCUGAAGGCCGAGCUGUCGGACGCGGAGGCCUCGGCCCGCAAGAGGAACCUCCUCGGCUUCUCCCAGAGGAAGAAGUCACGGCACCAUGGGCGGAUCGGAAGGCCACGGAAGUACCGGAAACUCCAGCAGGAAGACUUCCAGGCUCUUUCUGCAGACACCGGCCACCAGUCCUUCUUCAUGUCCGCCCUGUCGGCUCACCCUGACCGCUCGCUUUCCCUGUGCUGGGAGCAGCACAGCAAACUGUUGCCUGGGGUGGCAGGGAUCACGGCAGCCACAGUGGCCAAAUGGACCAUUGAUGAGGUCUUUGGCUUUGUUCAGACCUUGACAGGCUGUGAGGACCAAGCGAAACUCUUCAAGGACGAGAUGAUUGACGGCGAAGCGUUCCUUUUGCUAACCCAGGCCGACAUCGUGAAGAUCAUGAGCGUCAAGCUGGGCCCGGCCCUCAAGAUCUAUAACGCCAUCCUCAUGUUCAAAAACGCCGACGACACCUUAAAGUGACCAGGGUCCCGAGAC